CAUACCAUACACACAGACACAGCGUCGCGCCGGCCGGCUGGCGGAGAAGCUGUCGGAGAGAUUGGACAUGCGCGCGCAACCGGUAAAAUCAACUACAAGGCAGUCGGCGCUGAUCACUGAGCAUGCCUGCUGCCCCUUCUCCUCCCCCUCUUCGCGCGCUUCUUCCCCCACUCCGCCGCCCUUGCCACUACUUGCGCUGCGCCGUAGGUAGCCGAGUCGGUCAAUACUCCGGGCAACGCGGCGGUGAGAGCACGACGGUCGGUCGUCUGUGCACGCGCCGCUCACGUCGCACUUCACGUCGUUGAGAAACGUUUUCUCUCCGCUUCGCGCGUCCUCUCCCUUUUUCGUGUCGCCCGUGUAAUCUCGCCGUCGUGCUUUAUUUCAUCAUCAUCGUCGUCGUCGUGACGUUUCGACUUUCUGUGCAUUCCGCUUGUCUGUUUCCAUCGCGGACGCCGGUAGUGCUUUAACGUUUCAUCUCCGUGUGCACCCGUCACCGUGAACAUAGCAGCGAACGCAAGCGAGGUAACGUAAGUACGUAUACAUAUACACAUAUAUGUACACACGCGGACGACAGGAGUGCGUAACACGGUGCAUAUCUACGCACGCGUAGAGACGCGCACGUCUCCGCAAGGAGGAGCGCGCGAGGGGGCGGCCGCCGAGUAGCGUCGUCGUCGUCGUCCUCGACGUCCUUAUCGGUUCGUUUGCUCUUAUUCGCUCGUUAGUGUGCGGGACACCUGCGUGUGGGAACGUUCGCGAGUACGAUGUGAGAGAGAGAGCGAGAGAAAGAGAGAGAGCGCGCGACAGGACGACUCCCGUCGAGAGACAGCAUAGUGAAGUUGGCGCAGGACGACUCGCCCGCGAAUUCGAAAGGAUUUUUCGGUGAAUUCGCGCGAUCGGUGGGCGCGCUUGCAAACGCGAAGCAGGAAGAGGAGAAGGAGGAGGAAGAGGAGUGCGGUAUCCCAAGUGACAAGAUAAGCUAUGCGUCUCGGUGCGUGAUGGACAGGAGGCGAGCCUUCCCAACCAGCAACGGCGUCGGCGGCUUCUUCACGAUCGCCAGACUCAUGGAUACGUGGAUAUUCUUCUUGUUCGUCGCCAUUGCCGAUGUGGCGGCGUCAGUGGAGGUUCACUUCGAGAACAAGGAUGGCGGAUUCUUCCUGAAGCAUUCGCAGCGACAAUAUUAUCCCGCCCGCGGCAUAUCGGACUCCAUCCCGGCGCCGUCGACAAGCUCGUCGAGCAACAACAACAAUAAUAAUCCGGCGAGCGCGGUACCGUCGCCGCCGCCAGGCUCCGUCCUCUCGAUCGACAAGUUCACCGUCUUCCAGACGAGCGAGCCGGUAUCGGUGCGGGCCACGUACGGGCCCUUCAGCACCAAGCAGACCGUACCGGCGCGUUACAUAGUUCCCGACCCGCUGGACGCGUUACCGGCACCGGAAACGCGGCGCAAUCUCACGGCGGCGACGAUCCUGGACGCGCAGGAGCUCGGCGCCCGUCACUUGGACAUGUCGGCCCACCUGGUGGGCAACAGCGUGCCGCGCGACUCGCCCGUGCUCAGGGUGCUCUUCCACGCCGGCAGCGAGACCGGGGGUAGACGUCAGGUGCUGAUGGCGCGCCAUCAGCGGGUCUGCGUCGUCCUGCACGCCAGUCUGGCCAGCCCGUCGCGCAGCAAUGCCGCGAGCAGGAUCAACAAUGGACGGGGAUAUUCUUCUUCCUCGUCCUCCUCCUCUUCAUCCUCCUCCUCCUCCUCUUCUUCUUCAUCUUCAUCCGCCGCGCUGACGGCCGCCUGCAGCCCCGACGGCGAAAACGGCGUGUGCCUCGCUCAAAUCACCAUACCGGCGGAUUGGUGGGCGCCGUUGCCGCCGCCCGAUGCCUCCGGUCGUGUCAAGGUCGCCAAGAGUCUGCCGCGAUUGAUCCAGGUCGCUUACUCCGUCCUGGAACCGCGUACGGAGGAAGGCGGCGGCGGCAGCGGCGGUCUCGGCGGUGACGGCGGCGGCUCGGUCGACGGAUCGGGUUUCUGCAGGCCCAGGGUGCAGAUUCAACCCGUCACUCCUCUGGGUCAAGUGCCGCUGGCGCCGAACAGGGCGGAUUACAAGGAACUCAGAGCGGACGACAUGCUUACGCUGCUGGUACCCCACGGACCGCUCUAUCCGAGAUCCAGACUUCACGUCCCGGCGUUUCUGCAUCCUGCCAAAGUAACGGAUACGCGGCAGGAUCGAUUGCAAUUAAUCAUCGCUGUUAUCCUGAGAGUGAGAGUCAAAUCCGGGGUAAAGAUCCUGGAUGCCUCGUCCAGCAGCCCGGAUUGGAUCGUCCAGAGCGAUGUAAACGCGAAAAAUACCGCCGCCACGUUUACAGCAAGGCGCAAGGAGACGACAUCGCGUAUAUUAAGCACAUCCGCGGAAGAAGUAAUGACGAUGCUGCUGGAGGCCAGCGAGGACAGCAUAGACGGAAGCUGGGACGGUGGUAAAAUCGUAUGGAGUGUACGUUACGAGUUCCAGGGCGAGGACGAGAAGGGCUCGCAGUUGACGGCCGUCGAUCAGUUGCAGCAACGAAUGCAACACCAGCUGCAACAUCAUCAUCAUCAUCAUGCCGAGAAGCGAAAGCUGCAGGUGCGGCUGGAAAUACAGAAGGACGAUAUACAGGCGGUACUUCCGAUCUCUAAGAACUGGGAGGUGAUGAAUACGGCGGUGCUGACGGGGCGUCAGGUGUCGCAGGGGAUGAAGGUUUUCAUCGUUAGUCAAGCCGGCACGGUGGCCGAUGUCACGCUGCAGUCGUCCUGUCAUUCCGAGGACGAGAGCGUUCUCAAGGUAUCGUCCUCGUGUAGCAGCGUGUACGUGGACGGUUCGGAGAUUCGGGGUUCCAGCAACGCGUCGGUCCUUGUCAAGUAUGGCACGUAUACCGGUUUGGCGAGGUUCACCGUGUGGAUGCCCGAGUUUCCGUUGGAGGUGAGCGUCGGCGACACGCGACUCAGCCAGAUAAAGGGCUGGAAGGUGCCGGAGGAGCACGCGACGAGCGCCAAGAAUAAGCGCAGCCUGUUGAACGCGACGAGGACCACCGGGGAACGGACUUCGGAAUCGCCGGUCACCGCGCGAGCGAGGAAGAGGAGCGCCGUCGAGCUCGAAGAAUCGCUAGAGGACACUUCGAUGGACAUGGACGAUCCGGACGAGCCGCUCCUCGAGGAGGAGGACGAGCACGAGGAGCGAUUCCGUGGCAAUGAAAACGAUCACGGAUGGGGGGAUACGAUUAACUCCAUCGAUCGGAAUCUAUCCCCGGCCAAUUGCCGGCUGCGUUUCCAGCAGAGCCCGGUCGAGGUGCACGCCCGAUUCCUGGCGAGCGAUCAUGACUCGGGAAGAGUCUCGUACUUUGUCAAUCGGCGCACCUGGCUGCGCGUCACCGACCUCGUAGCCGGCAUGCUACGAAUCUCCGAUCCUAGGAUAGCGACACUCCUACAAAAUAGACUGGUUCAGGGACGCGGGGUGGGACGCACGGAGGUGCAGGUACUGUCGCCGAUCACUGGCAGAGUCAUCGGCGCGAAGGAAAUCAGGGUUGGCAACGAUCGCGUGUCCGUGAUACGAUUGUCCGUCCGAGUCGUGUCUGGACUUCAGCUCAGCAUCAGUCCCGACACUGCGAUCGAGAAUGGAUAUGUCGCGGAAACCUCGGUUACGAGAAGACUGACCGCACAGUAUCAGGAGGGAUUGCUGGACAUCGACGUGGAGUUCUCGGACAAUACCCGUACGCCCCUAAGGGAAAUCGCCGUGAGCGAUUACCAUUUGCAGGUUGAAAGCACGGAUCCGGAAGUCGUGGCGUUCGCGCCGAUGGUCGCUUCGCAUCAUCCCCGGGUCAUCGCCGUCGGCGAGGGUCGCGGUGACUUACUGCGCGUCAAUCUUCAGCUGGCCGAUUCCUGCCGAUUAUCCGGCAGACGGUCGGGCAAAGGCUCUCAGAGGACGACGGUCGCCGCAUUGGCGAGCGCGUCUGCCAAUGUCGAGGUGGAUUUCGCCUCGAGCGAGGUGCCCAAUCGGCCGGAAUUUGUGCAAAACGACGGCGGCGGCACCGUCGGCUCCCAUCAUCACAGAGAACGUAAAACCAACCGGGGCGAAAUGGCACCUGAUCUACAUGACAUUCUCAUCGGGUUACCGCUGAAAGACGAGAAAGACGGGCACAAGCACGAGCCUCUGGUGCAGGCGCGGCAGCAUCGCACGGCUAUAGCUAAUGGCAUGUCUUCAGGGGGUAUGGGCGGCGUCGGCGUGCGUCACCAUGGCGUCGGGGCGCGCAUGAGUCCGCUCGAGAUCGGGAUGUACGUGCUGCUCGCGGCGUUCUGCUUCGCGAUCGUUGUCUUUGUCGUCUCCUGCGUGGUGUACGCCAGCAAGUUCAAGCCCCAACCACCAGACUCGCCGGGACUCCUGACCGGCGCGGCCGUACCAGUGCUCGCCGGAGCGGGCGCGAGGGCACGCGCCGCCGCGAAUCAGCUGGCAUCCGGCAGACGACCGCCACGCGAAUCCACCACCAACGCACACGACUGGGUAUGGCUGGGUAGAGCUACCCUCGAGCGAGCCGCCUGCGGUCCGCAACAGGUGCGCGUAACGAGUAAUCCGCUGGCCGGCGAAGGUGAACCCGAGAACGAACUGGGCACGUGCUUUGACAAUCCGAAUCACAUCGAGCUACCGUCCGCCAACCAACAACGACCUAGCGGUACCAGCGCUAUCGACACCACAACUUAUUCUAAGAGGGACAGAGUAGCGCGGAACAGUUUCGCGGCAAAAUCCGCGAUCAAGUCGUCCGCAAUGAUACCACCCAGCAAUAAUGCAACAACGACGGCGACGACGACGGUGGUAACCCCGGCCACCACGCGGAAUGACAACGACGAUAUCCCUCCGCCCUUGCCACCGCACGGGGUGUUGCCCGCGAUUUCGACAUCGGUUGCGGCAACGACAACGACAACGAUGACAAUCGGCACGAACAACGCGAGCAACGGCAACAACGAGGACUACAAACCGCCGGUACCGCCGCAUAGGAACACGGGGGUUAACGUGCGGCUGCCGGAACCACCGCGGAAACAUCGCCACAGGACGUCCAGCGGCGGCAGUGGCGGUGGCAGCCAUCACGGGAAUAAUCAUCGACACAGCGGCAAACCGCCGCAGCAGUCGGGCCAUCAUAUGGUCAAACCGCACGCGAAAGCCAGAGUGGUGGAGAACGCGAACAAGCAGCAGAACGGCGAGGACGAGGAAUUUGUGGAAUUGGUGGUGAAUCACGACGAUAGCAACAAACAUCUCUCGAAGGACGCCGGGAGGUCCCGGGAGAUCAAGAGGGCGACCAUAGUCGGUAAUCCGAUGUACUCGUCCUUCUCCACAUCCGCUGUCGUCUCUACCGUGAACACGUCUACACCUAUCGGAGGCACAGCCUCGUCCACCACCACGUCCCCGCCAUCCUCGUCGCCGUCCGCUUCCUCCUCAUCAUCCUCCUCCUCGUCCUCCUCCAGCUCCUCCUGCGCCUCGUCGUCUUUCCAGGAACAGGAGGAGUCAGUGCCGCUCGACGAUCUUAAUCUAGGUAUGGACUACAAUCAGAUCAUGCAAUACUUUGACAAUCUGAAGGAGUCGAAUGCCUAGGUAGGGCCGUUCGACCUCUUGGAAGGUCGAGCAGUAGUCAACGUCGAUACGGAACACCGGGAUCCUCGUCAGUAGAUGCGAGUGAGCGCGUCAAAUUCUAUUUAUUGUUAUUUUUUUUUUUUAUGUUCGUCUCUUGAGAAUUCUCUCGGAGAAUUCUCUCUGUAGCGACAACUCGCUCUCGCGGAAAUGAGAUUCCGCUAUGUACGAGGACGAUAAUUACCCGGAUAUUUCGUAUUUUAGACUAUAAUCUAGUCAGCUUCCUAGCAGCACAUCAAGAGUAACGCGCAAACAUGCAUAAACACAUACGUACACACUCAUAUUAACGAAAUUAAGAGAGAUAUUACUCCUUCAUACACAAUUCAUAUACAGUCUCUUGACAAUUUAUUACGAUCGCUAACAGUUUUCGGGCGCGCAUCGGGUGAAAGUUCCUGAAGUAUGAUAUAAUUUGCGCCGUAAUAUAUUCGCGUCAAUACGUAAAUAAUGAUACGUAAAAUGUAAUGCACGCUAAAGAGAAAUUGUGCAUUACAUCAAUACUUUAUAUUAUAGCCCCAAGCGAGGAGAUGCAUAUAUUCACUAUAUUUUUUUACCAUUUUUACAAAAUAUAUAUACACAUAUGUAUAUCAUUAUCCCAAAUGAUAUUCAAUCAAAUGAGUAUAUCUUUCUCGUUUUCAUUCGUUUUCGUUAAUUGAUACUUUUGCUAUUUCUAUUUGAAAAAUUUUCUCGUUAAUAGUUCUCUAAACUACUCGUCUAUUGUAUUGACAAUAUUCAAUAGAUUUUAUCUACUAUGACGUUUUUCUUUUGUUUCCUUUAAAUUCAUACGCGAGGAUAUUAUUCGUGCGUCGCGAUUGCGAAAACUUGUUGACGUAAUAAAUAAUCGGAGUACUGUUCGUACAUACACGCAAGAGGCUUUAAAAAAAAAAAAAA